GCCACCUAGCAGCUGUUUUGACAUUGGAAAAUGUAGUGCAUUUCGUGGUUCAAUAUUAUAGCCUAGCGCGUCACAACCACCAUCGCCAUGACGACGCUACAGCAGAUGCUCGCGGCGAGCGAGAGCGGCGACGUCUCCCUCGUGCGCUCCCUCCUCGAUGAGGGCGCCGCCGUAGACGCCGCCGACCACGAGGGGGCGACGCCGCUGCAGACAGCGGCGGCUAACGGUCGCGAGGAGAUCGCGCGGCUGCUGCUGAUGCGCGGCGCGGCGCUGGAUCGCGCGAACGCUUACGGCUGGUCCGCGCUCAUGCAGGCGGCGCGCGCCGGCCACCACCCCGUCGUCGCUCUCCUCCUCCAGCACAAGGCCGACGCCGACCGGCGCAACCUGCUGGGGGCGUCCGCGCUCGCGCUGGCGGCUCGCGGCGGCCACGUGUCUGUCGUCCGCCUCCUCCUCGACGCCGGCGCAGACCCCGACCCGUGCGGCGCCGCAUGCGAGUUCACGGCCCUCGUCGCCGCGGCGACGCACGGCGCGGACCCCGUCGCGCGUCUGCUGCUGGACCGCGGCGGCGGCGACGCGGCGCACCGCAUGCUGUCGACGGGAGCGUCGGCGCUGAUGGCGGCGGCGCAGAACGGUCACAUGACGACGUGUCAGCUGCUGGUGGAGCGAGGCUGCGACGCGAACGCGACGGACGUGUGCGAGCGUACGGCCCUCGACCUCGCCCGCGAGCGACACUGCAAGGAGGUGCAGGGCUACCUGGAGAGGAAGACGACGCACCGGCCGAAGAAAGAUAAGAAGGACACGAAGCCGGACAUAAUCGACUCUGCGAAGGCCGGGGACCUGAAGACCGUCGUGCGAAUCCUUGACAACGACCCGCUACAGGUGAACUGCGUCGACAAAGAUGGCGCCACCGCUCUCAUGUUCGCCGCCAUGUUAGGCAAGCAGGACAUCGUCGAACUGCUGGUGCAGAGAGGUGCGGAUGUGAACAAGCAAGACAAGGUGAGCCAUUGGACGGCUCUCAUGCAGGCUGUUUAUCACGGGUAA